CAUACAGCUUCAACAUGUUCUCCUUUUCUUCAUAGAAACAUAGGUGCCUUUGGGACUUUGGGAGGUAACAAUUCAUUCCCUGGUGACUGUGGUUUCGUUGUUUCCAUUAGGGGAUGAACCGAUGCAGCACAGACAACUGCCAGAGUGAAGACCAAGCUGUUACUUAUCCAGGUUACAAAUCUGUGCCUAUAUCUGCCUUGAAGCAGAACGGACUCCUGCAGUCUCUGUCAGCAACACCUAAUGGAUGCAGAGAAGCAGAUGUUAGUGCACAGGUCCUGCAAGCCAGGGAAGAGUGGGAUGCUGUGGCAAAUGUCCAUCCUGGAGGAAUUGUGGAAAAGCCUCUUGGCCCCAUUCCCUUAAUCUCUUUCAAUGAAGCACUGCAGUAUUUUCAGACAGCAGAUCUCUCAGACUGCAGGAAAAAGAUUCGGCCAACAGUUCAAAGAAGAGGACUUGCUGCUUUUGCCCAUUUUCUUUUUGGUCCUCCCCGCCUCCAUCAACAGCUGCAAAACGAGAGGGACUUAGCUCUGGCAAUUGCUCAGUGUGGCUUGGAUAACAACGAAAAGGUGCACAUGCGGAUCCUGCAGACAAUCUACAAGAAAUUAACAAGCUCACGUUUUGAUUGUGCCCGUUAUGGAGCCCAUUGGGAGGACCUGGGAUUUCAAGGGAUGGAUCCUGGCACAGAUCUGCGUGGGACUGGAUUGCUAGGAUUGAUGCAAACACUAUAUUUUGUAAUGGAUUCUCGGAUAUUACCUGUAGCUCGAGAGAUUUUCAAGCUAUCCCAUCAUGAAACACAGAAUUUCCCUUUCUGUGUGAUGUCUGUGAAUAUUACUCGUAUUGUAAUCCAAGUACUGAGAGAAGAACGCCUUUCUAGAGAAUGCAAUCGAAGACAGCAGGUGAUUGCAGUACUAAAUGAUUUGUAUGUGGCCGUAUUUUUACGCCUCUUCAAUAUCUGGAAAACACAACGAAAGACCAUUUCUGACUCUGGCUUUGUUCUUAAAGAACUGGAAGCAUUUGCCAAAAGAAACCCAAAGCAACUGCUAAAACAUUUGGAGAUGUAUAUGAACGGGCAUACUGUUUUGACAGGGGAAGAUGGCUUUCAGGCUCGUUCAUCAGAAGUUCUGGGUUCCAACCUAAAUUCCAUUACCACUGACGAUAAAGAAUUAACAUUUACUGGAGUAGGUGACCUGCCAGCUGAGCAAGAACAAGAGAGCUGAUUUGGAUCCAAGAGGACUCAGCCCGUCUUUGUAUGUGAUUAAUCAACAAAGCCAGUCGAUGUGGUCUCCCAUGGGCUCAGUGGCCCUGCUGCAACAGGUUCGCAGAAGGACUGAAGAGCUUGAAAUGCUGCUAUAGUAGACAUGCAAGGCUUCAGUUUUGGGCCAAAACCAUUAAAUCAGGUAUAGAGGGAGCCUCGGGAUGGAAUCAGGGAUCAAGAGCAAACUGCCUCAUUCUAGAAUGAGGCAAUCUGGACAGGAUCCGUUCAUCCCAGAUUUAUUGCACUAAAGCUAUGAAACCAGCCCUCUUUUGCAGCAGGAGUGUAUAUCUGAUUUUUCUGAAUUCCCAUUGUACCCUGAAAAUAAAAUAUUCUUCCAGUUAUCAGGGUUUAAGAGGACAUCAGUUAAGUGAGCUAAGAAAUCCAUCUUUAUGCAUUUGUGAAUCAGAACUAAAGUGAGCCUUGAACAACUAGAGGCUUGUCAUGGGCCUAGAUUUCCUUCAGUUAGGGUUUUGUGUGGGAAUAUAUGAGGCAAAAAGCUGUUGAAUCCUUUUAUUCCAUCAACUGGGAAACAUCCAUUCUCCGUUGGUGUGUACCUGCUAUGAUGUAUCAACCCACACGUUUAUUUAUUUAUUGGGUCUUUUUAAUGAGCUGUAGUCAACAACCACUAGAUAUCCUGACAUUGCAACUGUCCAACAUAUAUGCUAUUGAGGAUGGUAAUAAAAUCAACUGUGAAAAACUUGCUGUUUAAAAACUUGCCAUAUGUUGGUUGUAACUGUGAACUUAAGCAAUCGGUAGCCUCCAACCAUGUGAUAGAGCCAGUACUGUCCUAGCCCCAUUCUCCCACAAUCUUAGAUUUUUGAGUCGCUGUUGGUGGUCAUUGAGGCUUACCAUGUGACUGGAGGUUUGAAUGUCUAUCUUAUUUGGUGAAAGCUGUGCACAAUGAACUUUUAGACAGAUGCCACAGGAUCUCCCCAUUGAUUCAUUUCUCAUUGUGAUAAUCUCAGUCGGACAUCCUUUCUGGCGUGCCAGCUAUAUGUAAAAAUUCUAGUCCUUGGCUGAUGAGAGGCUUUUCCAUUAAACAUAUUAUAGUCUUCAA